AUGGAUAUUCUGGUAUCAUAUGAACAUGACAUACGCAGAAACGGAGACAUUCUCAGCGAUAUAGCAGGCUAUUGCGGGAAUUGCAGACAUGCCGUCACCUCUCAGAAAACGCAGCGCUUCGCUGUCAAAUCAAUAUUUUUGUUCGUCGUUUUUGUUUUAUUGGCGUUCCUGGCAUCAGUCUCAUACUUUGGAUUUUACAUGUUUUAUGUUCCGAAAAUAUCACAUGUUAGGCCCGUUUAUAUGCAAUACCAAAAAGACGCGUCUCCGACGGCUUUGAUCAAUUUUACACCGGGACACAAUUUUCUGACAGCCGACCAAGCUUACGAUGUCACAAUUGAUUUACAUGUUCCCAAUUCAGAAAGAAAUGUCAAACUAGGAAAUUUCAUGGUUUAUUUGGAGCUUAAUUCAGCCAAAAAAAAUAACGAAACGGUUCAACGAUCAAGUCGUUCGGCCAUUCUUCAUAAACAAUCCAAUUUACUUCGGUCAAUAUCUACUAUAUGGCGUUUACCCACCUUACUACUAGGCUGGGCAAAGGAAGAUCAAAUGUUACACGUGAAAAUGUUGGAGAAUAUGAUCGAGGAUCCGGAUAAGCCAAUAUCAGACGCGUAUAUUACGAUUGAUGAGCCGUUCAUUGAAACUUAUGAAGUGAAGAUUCGACUAGAUGCUCAUUUCAAAGGGCUCAGAUAUUUUAUGUACUAUCAUCCAUACGUUACCGGAACCACUUUCACCGUGAUAUUUCUAUUUUGGGAAUGUUUGUUUUGUUUUGUGGCGUGGAAAAUGUUGGUUACCUGGUGGCAAACCCAAUUUCCAGGAGCUCUUGAGAACCGUCCUAGGAUUGCGGCAAAAAGAAAUGACGGUAUCAAUGGUGAUGAUGAAAGCCAAAAUGGAGAUGGUGUUCCAAUUGAAGAGGAUUGGGAGACAGUUAGACAUGAUGAUGGUGAAAUUGAUGCAAGCGAAGAUAAAGAGAAUACAACCGAGGCUGAAAGUGAAUCUGAAAGGUCGCACAUUGGAGUCAGUAACGUAGACACACAACUUAAUACACCCACGUCUCCUGAAGCCAGCUACACCACUGAAUCAUAUACCACCGAAGAUGACGAUCAGAGCGUUGUAUCGGGGCAUUCUGGCAUCGUAGGUUCCAGGAUACCUGGAAUUGAUGAUGAUGAUUCGAUUGGUUACGAUGAUGGACAAGGAAGUAUCACCCCUACUACAAGAAGUCGAAGAACUUCUACGUCCAAUCUUUCUUUAAGUAACGCCGUUACAGACGACGACGACGAUUAUGAAAGACAAGAGAGACCGAUAGUCGGCACUUCUACUUCUCGAGUACCCACCACUGGAUCACGUCCUUAUAAUAGACGUGUGACGACGCCAGGUGCUGGAGUCGGUGGUGGCGCAGAUAGUGAUACUAAUGUGGGUAAUAAUAAUGGCCCAUUUAAUUAA